AUGACUUUUGAGAAAGAAAACUUGUACUUGGGGUUUGAUUUGUCCACCCAACAACUAAAGGUUAUUGUGACCAACGAAAGGUUGCAAGCGGUGAAAACCUACCAUGUCGAGUUUGAUAAUGUCUACAAGGAAAAAUACCACAUCAAGAAGGGCGUCCGUUCCAAUCCAACUUCAGGCGAAAUUCUUUCGCCAGUGCAUAUGUGGCUCGAAGCCAUUGACUAUGUGUUUGGCCAAAUGAAACAAGAUGGGUUCCCUUUCAACCAAGUACGUGGUAUGUCGGGCUCUGGAAUGCAGCAUGGCUCCAUUUAUUGGUCAAAAGCCGCAGGAGAAAAGUUACUGUCGAUGGUAUCUUCAGCUACGUUAUCCGAAGCUUUGGACGGCGCCUUUGCAUGGGACCUAUCUCCAAACUGGCAAGAUCACUCGACAGGCCAACAGAUCAAAGACUUUGAGAAAGUGGCAGGCGGUCCGGAUGGGCUUGCUCUCAGAACAGGAUCCCGUGCCCACUACAGAUUCACAGGCUUACAAAUACGUAAAUUGGCUGUAUCCUCGGAAUCAAAUGUGUACAAACAAACCGAACGGAUUUCUCUUGUGUCAAGCUUUUUGGCAUCGGUAUUGUUGGGCCAGAUCACCACAAUCGAAGAGGCGGAUGCUUGUGGUAUGAAUGUUUAUAACAUAGCAGAAAGGGCUUACGACGAGGAGUUGUUGGCUGUCGCGGCAGGAGUACAUCCUCAAUUGGAUGGUGCUUCGGAAAAGGAAUCCCAAUCUGGAGUGGAGGAGUUGAAGAGAAAAUUGGGUGAAAUCAACCCUGUGUCAUACGAGUCUUUGGGUAAGAUAUCACCAUACUUUGUUGAGAAAUACGGGUUCCCUAAAGAUGCAAACAUCUACUCCUUCACAGGAGACAAUCUUGCUACAAUUAUUUCUUUGCCAUUAAAUCAAAAUGAUGUCUUGGUUUCGUUGGGUACAUCGACUACCGUCCUUUUGGUGACAGAAAAUUACUCACCGUCGUCGCAGUACCAUUUGUUCAAACACCCAACUAUGAAAAAUGCCUACAUGGGUAUGAUCUGCUACUGUAAUGGCGCCUUGGCUCGCGAAAAUGUCCGCAAUGACUUGAAUGAAAAAUAUCAUGUGGAUCACGAUUCAUGGGAGAAGUUCAAUGAAUUGUUGGACAAAUCUCAAGAUUUUGACAAAAAGCUAGGAAUUUACUUCCCAUUGGGCGAAAUUGUUCCCAACGCAGCUGCUCAAUUCAAAAGAUGUCUCCUCACCCCCGAGGGAGCGGUGAAAGAGGUUGAGGAAUGGCCUAUUGAAAAUGAUGUGACCUCUAUUGUUGAAUCGCAGACCAUCAGCUGCAGAAUGAGAGCAGGCCCCAUGUUGGCAAGUUCAGAAGAUGUGCGUGGUAAGGAAGAGGAGGACACACAGUUAAGAAAAUUGUACAAUGACUUAACUGCCCAAUUUGGAGACAUUUAUACCGAUGGGAAACAACAGACAUUCUACUCUUUAACCUCAAGACCUCAUCAAAUUUACUUUGUUGGCGGGGCUUCUCGCAAUAAGAGCAUUAUUAGAAAGAUGGGAUCUAUCAUGGGUGCUACUAAUGGUAAUUACCAAGUGGAAAUCCCCAAUGCCUGUGCUUUAGGAGGCGCUUUCAAAGCCAGCUGGAGUUACGAAUGUGAAAAGCAAGGCACUUGGCUCGAUUUCAACACCUACUUGAACAAAAACUUCGAUUUUGGUGAAGUUGAAAAGAUCGAUGUUGACGACAAAUGGGCCAAUUAUUUUCCAGCAAUGGGCAUGUUGGCAAAGAUGGAGUCUUCGUUGAAACAUGACUAA